GAACAGAUUUCUUGUUAAUUGGACUGAGCUAAAGGAAACAACAAUGUAAAACUUGAAUUGCAAAAAUUUCUAUUUUCUUUGAAGUCGUAAAAAUCAUCGUCGGUGGUCCCGGUAUUUUAAUGAAAAGAAAGUUAAGUUUUUUUCCCUUUCCAUUAAAGAUACUUUGAUAAAAUUGUGUUGCCAAUUUCAAUCUUAUUUGUCAGAUAUCACGUUAAGAAAACAGGACCAUGAUUAGACCUCUGUUUUACGAGUAAAACCAACAAGAACGAAUUAAUGGCUUGCUGGUUUUCAUUGAUCAGCACUUUUGAAAACACGGGUGCUGUUGAAUGUAGAUUCUAUAUGAGAUAUUAAUAAAUAUAAUAUAAUACAGAUCUGGAUUAUGCGAUCAGCUUGCCCCGGUGAAGUUAUGCCACUUUCAUUUAUAUAAAACAGCGCCGGUAAUGAAAAUUACUUUCGCCCAAAUUGGCGUCCGUGUAAUUGUUUGUCGUGCCGUAGCGCCGUCAUACGGAGAAAGCCGCUCUGUUCAGCUAGCGUUCGUGUUUUCAGUGUAUAUAUACAAUCUAGUGCGUGCGAAUGUUUGAUAACAAAAAUUGACUAAGUCUUUUUUAUGACAUUAAAAAUAUGAAGAUAUUGCAGAUUUGAAGAUUGCGAAUCAUGGUUCAUUUGGAUAAUGUUUCCCUAUGAUGUUCUGAGGCCCCGAAAACAAUUGCGAAAACUAAUUGCCGUUUUCUCUGUAUUGUUUGUGUUCUUCGUUUUCGGAGCUAUCAUGACCGAGAAAGACAGUCUCUUGCAGGAAAACGAAAAAUAUAAAGAAAAUGAGAGAGACUUCUACUUUGGAAUGAAGACGAAACCGUACAUUUUACGUGAAUCUCCGCGAACAGAGGAAAAGGGUGACAUUUUUUACCUUGACGGUGAACAAAACAAUGUUGUAGCAGAUGAUCAGUUGCAGAUAGUGACGUCACGGCCGGUGAAACGACUACCAAAAGCGUUGAUUAUCGGCGUCAAAAAGUCGGGAACGAAGACGCUGCAAGAAUUCCUUAGAAUUCACCCAGAUAUCUGCACACCUGCUAACGAAGUUCAUUAUUUUACAAGAAAUUACCAUAAAGGGCUGGAAUGGUACAGACGACAAAUGCCAGUUUCUGUAGAAAACCAAAUGACCAUCGAAAGAACGCGUGGUUACUACGUCCAUGGAGAUGUGCCGCAGAGAAUCGCUCUUCAGAUUCCGACGGUUCGUCUCAUAGUGGUGGUUCGAAACCCGGUCCUGCGAGCCUUGCUGGACUAUACAUCACAGUGCGACAGAAAUAAAAGCGACCUGUCUUUUAUGGAAGCAUUCUUUUGGAAUAAUAUCACCGGAUUUAUUGACAUGUCACGUGAUUUCAUUCAAACAAGCAUGUAUGUAAAAUUCUUGGAAAAUUGGUUUCAAUAUUUUAGACUUGACCAAUUUCAUUUUGUAAAUGGUGAUAUGUUAUACAGAAAUCCUUCACAUGAACUAAACAAACUCGAGGGAUUUUUGAAAAUACGCAAUUUGAUUUCAUCGGAUCAUUUCUAUUACAAUACUUCACGUGAUUCUCUGUGCAUUAAAAAACAUGACUGUCAAGGACGUCCCCAUUGCUUUUCGGAAAACAAACUUAAAACUUACCCACCACCAUUCUUAUUGAGACGCCUCCGCGAAUUCUUCCAUCCUUUUAAUGAGAAGUUUUAUAGACAAACAAAGCAACGUUUUAAUUGGAACGUUUGAUUUUUUAUAUCUUCUAAUUUUCUUCUUAUGGCAUGAAAAUUUAAUGUUACUGAUCAUGGAAAUAAUGUUUAAAAAUAAAUUCGUUUGAUAUAAAUCAAACAGAGACAAGUUGUAGAUGGCAGCAAGGGACACAACUCUGAGCUUCCUCAUCCGACUUCGGCUGCGUGGUUGUAUUGAGUAGCGAAAACCCUCACCAUUGAUGUUUAUAAAAAUCAACAAGUGAGACAUCUGAUCUAGUUUUUCCGUCAGUUUUUAUAUUAGGCAAUGCUGGUGUAGGUGUAAUGAUAUCCAUGAGAGAGAAAGAGAGAUUACCGUAGCACCUUUUGCAUUUUUCGCAUUUGAUUAAAUCUCAAAUUAAGUAACUAUCCAUGAUCAUGCAAUUUUGUAAUUAUGCAGACCCUCAACUUCUAAUCGUGUGUCGUGAAAACAUGCAUAUCUUCAUUUGAAAUUAGUUGAAAAUCAAUAAUUAAACCACUGCAUUACAAACUCGAAUCAAUCAUGACGAACGGUGAGGUCAAUUAUUUUCCCAACCCUCAUUUCACGGACUUAAUUAAUCAGGAAAUAUUCCGUUAAUGUUUGGAUUGAAAAUUUCGGCGGAUGAUAUGCUCCGACCGGGGGAUAUAUUGCAAUAUUAUGGGAUUACUAACUCUCUUAAACCUGCGAAAUAUAAGAUUAAAAUGCAUCCCCUUUCGGACAGAACAAUAAAACCCCAAAUCACAAAAGAGAACCAGUCCUAUUGUUAAAUGACCAUUACGUUUUGAGCAACACGUGGGAAUAUCUGCAGCUGUGAUUCCGAAUGUCAUUUUCCGGGAUUUCCACAGAUCCGCCAUAGAAUAUCAGCUGGUCAAGCUUUUGAUGUUUCUCUGUAAAGUAGUAAACACCUGUACACACAGAUAGGCAUUUCUCUCUCUCUCUCUCUCUCUCUCUCUCUCUCUCUCUCUCUCUCUCUCCUGAACAUUUGUAAAAUUUGCUGAAUGUUUGCGGCAGGUAGACAUUUUCUGUUUUCUCCUGAAUAUCUUUCAGAUGUCUGAUGCCACUUGAUUUACUGUGAGAUGAGGGAGAUGUAUGUUGAUGAAAAUUUGGCGUGACAUGAAAUAUACACAUUUGUACAUCAUACUCUUUAAGCACAACCAUUCUGUAUUAAUUAGCUUAGUUACAAGUAGAACCCGACAAUCAAACUGAUAGGGGCGGAUCCGGAAAAAAUCAAAGGGGGUAGGGGAGGGUUGCGACCCAAGUUUGUAUAUUUUCCUCCCAAGGCAGUUGCUUACUCCUCCUAGACACCUGAUCCCAUCUCUGGUAUAUUCAGGGGUCCGUGUUUUCCCAACUCUCUAUUUUGUAUUGCGUAUAGGAGUUAUGAGAUUGAUCAGUUCGUUAUCUUUGCCUUUCAUCAUAGAUUAUAUCCCAUAGUAAAUGCGACAUAAUAUAUACAGCGCACAGUGUAUAAAGGGAUGGACGAGGUUUCUUCUGAACGUUUGCAAACUUGUUUAGGAUUUGAUGGUUGUUUUUUAUUGGGGGGGGGUGUUUUGUUUUUAUCCGUUUGUUUGGUUUUAGGUUGUUGUUUUUUAGUUCUAGUUAUUGAUCAUGAUUUUGUAAUUGCCAAAUGGAUAAUACCUUACUGACAUGAUACAUCACGCACCUCACGGUUGUACAGGACUUGGAAUGUCCCUUUCAUGAUACCAACUAUUUUGUAUACAAUUACACAUAUAUUCAAUCAGUUCGGUCGUGAGAUAAAUGACCUGUCAAUUGAUAAAUUGAAAAUAUUGGUGGUGCGUAGAACGUAAUGUUAUCAUAAUCAAGUAUCAUUUCAUCUGUUCAUAAGCUGAAUAAAGAAUUACAAAAGAAAUCAUCGGUAGUUCCAUUGAAGAGUUGUUUUUCAAGGUGAUCAGAUUUUUUAAAAAUUGAAUUUU